AUGAAUGUCCCCGGACCUGCGCAUCCCGUCAGUUUCAUCUUCACUGGCAUCCCUCGCCGGCUCCCCCCCACGGCCUCUCGUACGGCGCUUCUGACGCAAAACGACGAGCUCCAUGUGGUUGCAGCUGCCUGCAUCGAGCAGGUGCAGCGUGACCAUGCAUUGCUGAAGCUGAAGGAUCGCGAGAACAGGACCCUGCGAGAGCAGCUGCACUCGAGGGCCCUACAGGCAGGAAAGGGGAAGAAGAGGACCAAGGGCCGCCGCCGCCGCGCAGGCAAGACGGGUCAUCCUCGGCAUAUGACAGGCGAGGAGAACCUGAACCAGCUCGCACGACAGGAUGCCGAGGGCAAGAUGCAGGACCUCUUCAAGGAGGCACGCGUAGAGUUCAAGGAGCGCCGCCAGGCGAUCACCCAGGAGGAACGGGAGGUGGCGCUUCAGCGGAAGAAGAAGGAGGCCGCCGAGAAGAGUGCAAAGAAGAAGGAGACGGCCGCAGCGAAGAAGGCGGCGAAGGAGCAGGAGCGUGCUGCUGCUCGCGCGAUGAAGGAGCAAGAGCGCGCUGCUGCCCGUGCCGCAAAGGAACAGGAGCGCAUGGCGAAGGCGCAGGAGCGCGAGGCUGCACACGCAGUGAAGGCGCAGGAGCGCGAGGCUGCACGCGCAGUGAAGGAGCAGGAGCGUGCGGCGAAGGCGCAGGAGCGCGAGGCUGCCGCCGUCGCUGCGCGUGAAGCGAAGGAGUUGGCUGCGCAGAAACGACACGUUCUGGCAGCUGGUACGCCAAAGAAGACGACGAAGGUGGCCAAGAAGGCGCAGUCUGUGAGGGGAUUGAAGAAGAAAGAGGAGGCCAUCGCUGCUGGAGCGAAGAAGGUCCUGAAGGCGUCGAGCCUGAUCAAAGACUCUCGGCGCGGUCACAAUGGAGGAGGCAGCGUCUCCAGCUCGGAGAGCGAGUCCGUCUCAGAGCCCGGCUCUCCAAUUCCUGCUCCUACGCACCCUCCACCACAUGGUGUUCGUCCCCGCCCUCUGCGUCGCCCAGGUGCAACCACUGGCGAGGCUGUCGCAGCCCCUCCCACUGGCACAACUGCUGCCAGUGCUGUCGCUUCUAGCACUGCGGUUGCUGGCCCUUCUUCUUCUACGUCCUCUCAGCACCGCGCUGAGAUGGAACCCGUUGCCGCAGUCACCGGGGAGGCCGAUGAAAAUGCGAUGCAGGUCGACAGUGCGACCGUCGAGCAGACUGCGGCCAGUGUCAACCCUGCAGAGCUCGCAGUCGCAGCUGUUUCGCGCCCACUACGUCGCAGUGCCCGUCGCAAGGGUCAGUGA